ACAUGAAAUUUAAACCCAUUGAAAUCGCAGCCCUAGGGAGACCUCUGUUUCCUGGUAUGCUGUAUGACUGCCGUGAAGAUUCCUUCAUUCCAGGUGUUACUCUGUGGGAUAAGAAAUUACUGAGUGAAGAUUUGGACAGUCGUCCACAGCUCAUGACAGAUUUAAAGUUCAGUAGCUCGGACUCUCUCUCUGAUAAGUCUAGUCUCCUGGAUGUAAGUGCUUCCCUGAAGGCCAGCUUUUUGGGAGGGCUAGUGGAGGUGGGAGGAUCUGCCAAGUACCUGCGGAACACUAAAUCUUCAAACCAACAGUCCAGAGUAACAAUGCAUUACAGUGAAACUUCAAGAUUCGAACAGCUCACUAUGACUCAGCUGGGCCAGUUCAUCUACCCUCAGGUAUUUGAGCAGAAAACUGCAACUCAUGUAGUCACAGCUGUGCUGUAUGGAGCUCAGGCCUUCAUGGUGUUUGAUCGCUCAUUUGUAGAAGAUGAAAACAGGCAGGAGAUUGAGGGAGAACUGAAUGUCAUGGUCAAGAAGAUCCCUACAUUUUCAAUUGAGGGACAAGGAGCUGUAGAAAUGACAGAUGAGGAUAAGAAGAAGGCUGAGAAGAUCACCUGCACAUUUCAUGGUGAUGUCCAUCUUGAGCAGAACCCCACCACAUACAUAGAAGCCCUAGAGGUGUAUAAGAAGCUCCCCUCUCUACUGAGGGGGAAUCCACAGAACGCAGUGCCAAUAAAAGUCUGGCUCUAUCCUCUGUCUCUACUGGAAUCAAAAGCAGCUCAGUUGGUGAGAGAAAUCAGCAUACAACUCAUUUCCACCACUGAAGAUAUAAUAGAGCAGCUGGGAGAAGUAGAGAGGAGAUGCAAAGACCUGUCCAGAAGAACAAUGGUACUGUUUUUCAGUGACAUCAAAGAGAGGCUGAACUCAUUUCAGGGUUCAUUUAGCAAUUACAAGAUGGUACUCCAGAAAGCACUGGCCAGAAUCUUGCCUGCUAUUCGGGGAGGAGGGAUGGAGGAAACAUCACUGGCAGAUGUCCUUAAGAUCCACAACCUCUCCCCUUUUAAUGUUAGCAAGCUUAACCAGUGGUUACAUGACACCGAGUUACAACUUGACCUCUUGAGUGUUUACACUAAGACACUGAAGGGGAUCCAAAUAGAAGAUUCAGACAGUCUCAUCAGCCUCCUUGAUCCUGAUAUUGAUGUUGUGGUGUGCUUGACCUUCAGAUCUCUAAAAUACAAAGACCCAUAUCUUUCAACCCUGAAUGAGUUUCUAAAAUCUGACCCCUUUAAAGAAUUAGAUGGGGAAAACAAGUUUCCCCUGACAUCUCCUCUUCAAAAAUCAUUCAACCCUCAUGAUUUCACUUCAAAAAUGAGAGAAAACUUAUCUCACUUCAGAAGUUUUUCAGAGGCCAAUAAAGAUGAAAGGAGAAUGCGCUUCAUUAUUUCUGCAAUCUCUGAUUCCUCCAGUCCAGGCUCCUCGAUCUAUCUGUAUGAAAAAGGGAUUCUGACAGAUACACAGUUCCAGCCCGUGUCCAAGCCGCCCCCACCAGAAGUGAAGAAUGUUCUGGACCAAACUGUGUCCCUGAAACUGCAGAAGUCCCCAACUGGAGAAACAGUGAAGUAUAGAGUAGAGUACAAGCAGAUGAAAGCAGAUUCUGGAGCUGAGGAACAGUGGCUCUUCAUAGACACAGCUGAUGAAGACUUUACUCUGACUGGAUUGAUAUCUGGAAAGCAGUACCUGAUCCGCUACAGGAUAGUGGGUAAAGUAGGAGUGAGUGAAGCCAGUGAUACUGCCAGCCCUACACUCUCUCAAAUCUCUGACUGGACCAGGAACGACUUCCUACAAUAUGCCUGUUUUGUUACACUGGAUCCAAACACAGCAAACACUCAACUAAUUCUGUCUGAGAAGAACAGAAAGGCGACACAUGUGAGCGAAAGACAGCCGUAUCCUGAUCAUCCAGACAGAUUCGAUCAUGUGCCUCAGGUGUUGAGUAGAGAGAGUGUGUGUGGACGCUGUUACUGGGAGACUGAGUGGAGUGGAGAUUAUGUAUCUAUAUCAGUGUCAUUUAAGAGCAUCAGCAGGAAGGGAGCAUGGGGUGUUUCUUUGUUUGGAGGUGAUGAUCAAUCCUGGAGUUUGAUCUGCUCUCCCUCCAGAUACAUAUUUAAACAAAAUGACACACACACUGACCUCCCUGUAAAUCCCAUCAGCAGAAGGAUAGGAGUGUUUUUGGAUCACAGCGCAGGAAUUCUGUCCUUCUACAGCGUCUCCAGAAACACAAUGAGCCUCAUCCACACAUUCCAGACCACAUUCACUCAGCCGCUGUAUCCUGGGUCUUAUGUUGGCCUUGGAUCAUCAGUGAAACUGUUGAUGAAUCAGAGACUGACGAGAGAUUCUACCCAUAAUGCUUUUAGCUGCAUGAUAAAUCAGUAACAGUGAUGUUAUGGAGUGUAUUCAUUAAUACUGCAGCUAAACUUCUGUCACUGGAAUAACAGUCUGAAUAAAUGUGUCACAAAUCAUCAUAUAAA